GGGUGUAAUAAGUCAGGAGAACGUAAGAUGUCCCUGACAGUGGCAGCUUCACGGUUUCGGAAUGCCGGAGGGGUGCCAAAGGGGGCCUCGCCGCAGCCCCGCCGCGUCCCUCACCGUAAACCUGCCUCCUGACGUCACGGUCGGCCCAAUGUCGGGCCCCACCAACAAACUCAGUUGGCCAACAACAGGCAACGAGGAACGAGCGACACUUUCAAUUAUCGUUUUCACGUGUUGUUUGUUGUUGCUCCGUUCGAAGAGCGCGCGCGAUUCUCUUAUCCACCGGGGGGGCCUUCACUCACUGUUGUUAUUGUUUUUUUUUAAUUUAAUAUUUAUUUCCUUCAACCCCCGCAAGUUUUCCAACAAAAAUAUUAUUAACAAUUACAACACCUCGGAUCCGGCUCUGCUCCAAACACAAUCACCAAUCGAAGAGUGGAAAUACUAAAUAGUCCAUGUGCAAUUUUUGUUGUUAUUGUUAUUAUUGUUGUUGUGUGUGACAAAACUAAGCAGUGAUACUACAUUAGUGGGUGCUCUUGUGCGCGCAACCCGCGGAGAUUUCAAUGCUCGAGAUAUGAACGCUACGUGAGGACACGUACCCGAAAAACAAUAAAACUGCACAGUUUCUUUUUUUUGUGAUAUUUCUGGUUGAAACCAGACGAGACUGUUUUUUUGGUUUUGUUUUGUUUCUGUUACUUUUUUUUGUUGGGGGCUUUUGAGAUGAAACGUAGAUGGUCGGGUGUGCAGGCGGUUAGGGUGCCUUCGGACGAGAGUUCCUCCGAAGUGACUUCUUCGUCGGCCACUUUGGUGAUGAGUCCGGCCGAUUCUAUGGCCUCCGGGGAACUUGGGGACGUCGAUCUGGAUUUCUGGGAUAUGGAUCUGAAUUCGCAGAAUCACGUGCGCGGUAUUACCUUAAUGCAGAACGGAUUCGGUGUACCAGGACAAACAGUCAUUGCCAAUGUCCACCACAUUAAAUCGGACACCAGUUCUAUCUCAGGUCGAGAGGAUCUUUCGCCGAGCAGUUUGAACGGUUACAGUGCGGACAGUUGUGAUGCGAAGAAGAAGAAAGGGCCGACGCCGAGGCAGCAGGAGGAACUGUGUCUCGUAUGCGGCGACAGGGCGUCCGGGUACCAUUACAACGCCCUCACCUGCGAAGGUUGCAAGGGCUUCUUCAGGCGCAGCAUCACCAAGAACGCCGUCUAUCAGUGCAAAUAUGGAAACAAUUGUGAGAUAGACAUGUACAUGAGGCGCAAAUGCCAGGAAUGCAGGCUGAAGAAGUGUCUCAGUGUUGGCAUGAGGCCGGAAUGCGUCGUCCCCGAGGUCCAGUGCGCCGUGAAGCGCAAGGAGAAGAAGGCCCAGAAGGAGAAGGACAAACCCAACAGCACCACCAACGGACUUCCCGACAUCAUCAAAAUGGAACAAGAAUCAUCGGACAAUGAAAAGAUGCCACUAGUGAACGGCGUGAAGCCCAUCUCACCGGAACAAGAAGAACUUAUACAUCGACUUGUUUACUUCCAAAACGAAUACGAGCACCCCUCGGAAGAAGACGUGAAACGGAUUAUCAACCAACCGAUGGAAGGUGAGGACCAGUGCGACGUCCGUUUCAGGCACAUAACAGAAAUCACGAUACUGACGGUGCAGCUUAUAGUCGAGUUCGCGAAACGGCUACCCGGAUUCGAUAAGCUCCUGCGAGAGGAUCAGAUAGCUCUUCUGAAGGCGUGUUCGAGUGAGGUGAUGAUGUUCAGGAUGGCGCGACGUUAUGACGUGCAAUCGGAUUCGAUCUUAUUCGUAAAUAACCAGCCAUACUCCAGGGACAGCUAUAAUUUAGCAGGAAUGGGAGAUACCAUCGAGGAUUUAUUGCAUUUUUGCAGAACCAUGUACUCAAUGAAGGUCGAUAAUGCAGAAUACGCCCUCUUAACAGCCAUUGUUAUUUUCUCUGAGAGGCCAGCUUUGAUCGAGGGUUGGAAAGUGGAGAAGAUCCAGGAGAUCUACUUGGAGGCGCUCAGGGCGUACGUCGAUAACAGGAGGCGCCCGAAAGCCGGAACGAUCUUCGCCAAACUGUUGUCCGUACUUACCGAGCUUCGUACGCUCGGAAACCAGAAUUCCGAGAUGUGUCUGACGCUGAAGCUGAAGAACAAGAAGCUGCCGCCGUUCCUCGAGGAGAUCUGGGACGUGGACAUGAAGACAUAGUAGGAGGAGAGCGAGGACGGACCGAGGAGCGCGAACGCCGCAUCAGAAGGUCCCCGAUAGAAAGAAAGACAAAAGAACAACAAGAACAAGAACCGAUCACCGAACUUGACUUGAUGAUGAAUGGUUUUUCAAAUUUCACUUUAUGUUCAAUUGGUAAAAUUGUGCAGUGCGCGUGAGUUUUGAUGAAAUUGUAGGCUGUGAAACAUAAUUGUAUAAACAAACAAACAAAAAAAAAAAAGAAAAUAAUAACGAUGAAGGAGGAUAGAGAGUAAAUAUGGAAGAGUAGGAUGAGGAGAGGCGAAGAUGAAGAUGACUACGAGAGUUACAGAAAUAAUAAUAACACGUUGAACAAGAAUAAAAAUAAAAAAUAAUAUUCAGGAACACCCAAUGUUUGAAACAUGUAUAAAGAAAAACAAACAAUAUUGUAAGCAAGGACAAAAAAAAACAACACACACACACAGAUAUCUAUAUAUAUAUAUAUAUAUAAAGAAACAAAAGCUGAAAGUAUAACUUUUCUCACUAAUCGAGUUGGCAUCUAGACUGUUGGUAGGUAGAUAGGUCUCAUUUUAUUUUUAUUUUUUGUUUUGUUUUUAAUUUGUAAUAUAUUUUUAUUUACUUAAGACUGGAUUGGACUGAUUUACUGAGGUGCCUUCUGCAGACUGAGGGCCAUGUCUGGAUAAGUGCAAUUUCGAUCGGCAUAAAUUAUU